GCUUGUUCCUAAAGUUUGUGUCGUUUUUUUAAUCUCCCUUUUUCUAUCUCUCUCUCUCUCCCUAAUUUCGUGUCUCGCUUUUGCUUGUGUGAGUGAAUAAAAAUCCACUAUCUCCAUCGGUGGGGCUGGUGGAACUUUUUCGCAGACGAAAUGGACUGGAUCGACUCGAUUUGGUGUAUUUUUCGGAAUAUACACUCUUCUUCAAGAGCACACACCACACACACACACACACUAACACCACUUCCAUACACCAUUGCGCAAACGUUACAAUGUUGCGAUCGUUUGGAAAAGGAAAAUGCAUCCCUUAUUUUCCUGUUCAAUCUAUCUUCAAACAUGUAGAAGCUAAACAAUUCUGUUGUGGCUUUGCAAACAUUUUUGUCGACCACAGUCGUUUGCUAAUCAAAUGUUUUGUGGCAUUUCAUAGUUUUAUUGUUGGGCAGGCUGCGUGUAGUUUAACGAGUGGGAGAGGUAAAGCAUAGCUGAAGGUGCCCUGGGUAUAAAAAAAGUCUUUCGGGAUGCCGGGAAAUAGCAGUGUAAUUUAGAUUAUUCAACGUAACGAUGCAUUUUGGACGUCAUCUAUUGAGUUAAUUCUUUCACUGGACAUUUUCACUACUCCUUGAAUAAAACAGCAAAAGAACAUGCGAAAGCGACGAUGCAGCAAGCGUAUAACAGUGCGAAUGAGAUAUACAUACAUUAUUAGAAUUAGAGUGAGAAGGGAAGAAACUGUCUAUUGCGCGUAUCAAAGGAAUGGGAACAUUGUGCAGUCGCUGAAUAUCUUUGAUAAUUUUUGCUGAAUAUCUUUGAUAAUUCCAUCCUUUUGUCGAAUGAAAUGUGUGGUCCAGAGGGUCAUAGCGCAUUGAAUUUAGGGUUUAAAAAAGUAUGAGAGUAUUUUACGACUAGCUUUUGUUAACGAUUGCUUGUUUAGUUAGUCUUUGAUUACAACUCCCCGUCUAAUAUUUUGAUUCUUUCAUAUUCAAGCUCUCCUGUUCUCCCUCUAUCUGCACUUUUGAUAAUUUUCUACAAUUUUAUUUUAUCUUUACGUUUUCACUAAUUUAUUUGCCAAUUUGUCGGCAACAAAAAACCAACAAUCACAUAUUUGUUUCUCUGUCUUUCAUGCACACGUUUACUCCGCUAUCUUCGUCAUACUCGGCUUUGUUCCUUUUCUCCAAGCAGAAAUGGCAUUGAUCGAUUGGUUAAAAGAAAUGAUUGUUUGGAUAUUCCCACUAUCCGAUCUUUCUUUUGGGCGCACAUACGUAUAAGGCUGUAUAUAUGGAAUAGUGCGUCUACAUGAAGCAUUUUGCCUUUUUGGUCUGUUUCACCCUUAAAAUCAAAGUGCAUCGAAAACGUCCAUGCCGUUAUCUUUCCCUCUCUUUCUGUUCCGCAUCUUCACCUGCCCAGAAGGAAUGCGCACACAUGCACCAUCCCUUCAUCCCCUUUGGGUUGUGUUUGUGUAGGUGCGUAUCGAUACGAUGAGAAUGGUGGUAUAAUCGUUGCAUGAGCAGAUUCAUUCUUGGCUGUUGAUGAAAUGAAAUAAGGAAGAAAAUUGUGGAAAAUCUCUACAAUCUAGAGGUAAUGGUUUUCCGAUAAGGGAGAAUGUUGUUCGACCAACUGUCGGUGCAGUACGGUGAAUGAUUAAAGGAGCAAGUGAAAACAGACAAUUCAAGUGUUAGUGUCCCUUUCGCACUUUCCGGUGGUCAGAAAGUGCAUUUUCAAUGUUGGGGGGUUGUUUUUGUUGAAGGUGUGUUGAUGAUUUUGUGUGCCCCAUCCUCAAGUGCGUGCAUAUGAGUGGCCCUGCUUGUAUGUGUAUGUGCGGCUAGGGUUACAUUAGCCCAUAAAAAACGGAGCGCGGCGCUAGUAGUAGUAAUGAUGGUCAAGCAGCGUCAAUCUAUCGAGAAGUCUUCAACAUUCUAUCAACCCUCUCUCUCGCUAUGGUAGAAGCAUUUCCUUUCCCUCUCACACGGUGUGUCUUUUGGGGUGCUUCCGAAGGGCUGCAGUUGGUCGCCGUUACUAAAAAUUUUGCUCUUUUGUCCCUUUCUUGUUUCUGGCUGUGUUUAUAAAUUUUCAACAAAACGGGUUUAAAUUUUUACUCUACUGACUAUGUCGGCAUUUAAUGUUUUGGUUUUCUCCAGUUAAGGCUUGGUUAUCAAUUGCCGCAGGCUGUUAAUGCUUGGGUUUUCCACAAUAUAUAAUAUGCAAAACAAAAGACACAUCUCCUGAGAUGCGGACCUUAGUCGUUCUUUCGGUAGUUUCCGUUUCGGUCGAGCGUUUAUUUCAUUGCCGUUGUGCACCUUCUUUCCUUUUUAUAUCCGACGUGAGCAUGAGCAGUUUCUUUCUUGCAACUCAUACACAAGCACACAAAGCAUCAAAAUCACGAUGUUGUGCACCUGAAAGAGACGACGGUUGAAUGUGCGAGUAGGAGCGAGCGCGUUAUUGUGUGGCUCGCGCUGGAUGCUGCGGUGUUCGACUUAGACGAGAUUCAAUAUCCAUUAGAUUCCUUUUCCUCAGAGUGCUACAAUAGUAGAUAAUUGGUAUCAAACGGAGAUAAACACGGCAGCCGACGAGAAUAGUACAGGUACACCACCUGUGCAUAAGUGCGAUCCUUGCUGCAAGGGCAACAUACAAUCAGGGAACCUAUAUACCUGAGAAAACCUGACAGAACGCUGUUCACAUUCCCGUCUGUGCAUCAGCAGCAGCAGCAGCAGCCGAAGCCGAUACCGGCGGGAGGCGCAUGCGCACACUUAUCGCCGCCCGACACAUACACGCGCACGGUGUGUGAUUGGUAUGUGUGUGUGUGUGUGCGCUUGUUCACAAUCAAACUACAUCCGCGAUCAAUCGAGUCAGCCAGCCGAUCAACAAACGGUGUUUGGCCCCAUUCCGGCCGUAAGUUUGCGUGUGUUUCCACCACCGUAUGCGAACGUGAUGCGAAGGGGGUGUUUCGUUCGUGACCGCAAAAUGCGUUUGUAGUUUGGCUGCUCGUAUGCCUUUCGAUCCGGUUUCUUGCGUACGUGUGCCGAUUGCCAGUGGUGUCCGAUUGCAACAACAGCAGCAGCACUGUCCCUUGCCCUGUGUGGCGAUGGCCACCCGGGAAGUGGUCACAAAGUGGUAAAGGAAAAAAGCAGCAGAAGAAGAAGAAGAAGAAGAAGCAGUAAUAAGGUGACCAAAUGUCCGUGCAUUGUGUCGGUAUGCUACUGUACGUGUGUGUGCGCGUCAGUGUGUAACUUCUUUCCGACCCCUGCACCCCAUAAUUCCCCUGGGGGUGGGGGGAAAGGGGGGAGGGCGGUGGUACACCGGUAAGAGUGAGAAGCGGAAAGGAGGGGGCGCCUCGUUUGUUGCACGGCGCGUUUGAGCAGAUCCCGAUUGUGUUUGAAUCAUGGCACCGGUAUCAUCAAUAGCAGCAUCAUUGCCACGACUAUUACUGCACCGUUGUGGCUGGAUCGGUCCUGCCAGUGCGUUCGUUGCACCGUGUCACGGUAAGACCUUGCGACUGUUCACUCUCAACCGCGCCUGAGUCCGUGUCUCGUGUCCUCUGUCCUCGGUGACAUACCCCAACCCCAUCGCGUGAAAAUCCGUGCAUGUUGCGUAUGUGUUUGUGCGCAGUCCUGACACGGUGUGGUGGCGGCGAGUGUUGCUGUAGUUAACAUGUGUAUGUGUGUGUGUGUGCGUGUGUACAUGGUGUGAUAGGACGGUUCACGGCAGGGAAACCAAACCAAACUAAUCUCCUCGCCCUUCAUUCCCUCGCCUAGUUCCAGUACCAACGGCCAAACGGGUUGGUGAGGGUGAUCUGCAUCAAUCAAACAUUCGAAACCGAUUCGCACGCAAUAAUCCACCGGGAGGAGGAAAUAUUAGUGCUAAUAACAACGAAAGAAAACGGACUAUCUCCUCCUGUGUACGCGAGAGCAUGCAGAAAAAAAAAACAGUUCGAUGUGUGUGAAGGUGUGAAAAGUGCAAACAAGCGACGAAAGGGUUAACCUUCACAAAAGGAUAUUAGAGCGAAAAUUGUCAAAGAGACGUGCGAUCCUCAUUUCGUUACAUCCAUCCCGACUAUUCGGAUACUCGGAACGGAGAUAAAGGCAUUAUUAAACCGGACUAAAAGGAUACACGUAAACCAGAACCUGCGGCUGGGUGCUUACCCAUCCGUGCGUUAGAUCCACACGAAUAUGGAGAGGUUUCUGUCGCUGCUACUGCUGUGCUACGUUCUGUACCAGAAAUUCAAUGGCGUCGUCAGUGAUCAGGUUGUAUUGCUGGACACCACGAAGGAGGCGACGCUGGAAUGGACCCGAUAUCCUUACGGACCACAGGCACAAACGCCCGGGUGGGUCGAGGAAUCGUUCACCAACUUCGUAAAGGGCAUCAACUGGCGCAGCUACGUGGUUUGCGAUGUGGCGUACAAUAACGUGAACAACUGGCUGUGGUCACCGUUCAUCGAUCGGGGACCGGCGAAUCGGCUGUACAUCGAGAUACACUUCACCAUCCGGGACUGUUCGCUGUUUCCCGGCAAUGCGCUGUCGUGCAAGGAAACGUUCAGCUUGCUGUUUUAUGAGUUCGAUGCAGCGACCCGGGAACCGCCACCGUGGCAACCGGAAAGCUACAAGCUGAUCGGGCGCAUUGCCGCCGGCGAGGGCCGAUUCAACCAGAACUCGGACGUGGACAUUAACGUGGAGGUGAAGAGUAUCGCCGUCACGAAGAAGGGCGUCUACUUUGCGUUCCGGGACCAGGGCGCCUGCAUUAGCGUGCUCGCGGUGAAGGUGUACUACAUUACCUGCCCGGCAGUGACCGUCAACUUUGCGCACUUCAACGAAACGCCAACCGGGCGCGAGGUGACGAUCAUCGAGCAGCAGAUGGGUGUGUGCGUGGAGAAUGCGGAAGCGUACGAAACGCCAACCUACCUGUGCAAGGGUGACGGCAAGUGGACCAUUCUGACCGGUGGAUGCCGGUGCAAGGUCGGGUACGAGCCGGAUGCGGACAAGCAGACGUGCAACGUGUGCCCGGUCGGGAAGUUCCGGUCGGCGGAGGUGCGCACCUGCACGAUCUGUCCACUGAAUUCGAAAACAAACAAGGUCGGAUCGCCAUUCUGUCCGUGUUUGAGUGGCCACUACCGUCAUCCGCGGGACGGCAAGCAUAUGCCGUGUUAUAAACCGCCAGGACCACCAACCAACCUGACGCUGCUGUUUAUCGACCAGACCAGUGCCAUCCUAUCGUGGAAUGCGCCGCAGCGUGCGGCCGACGAACAGCUGGACAGUAAAUUCCGUAGCGAUAUUGUGUUUCGCGUGCGCUGUGCUGCUUGCACGUCGAACGUAGUGUUCAAUCCAUCGAGCGAAACGUUUAAUGAUACGAAGCUGACGCUGACGAACCUCGAACCGGUUACAACCUACACGGUACAGGUGCAUUCGCAGCACGGUGUGUCCUACCCGAUCGUAACACCGGACGGUGCGCACGGUGCUGGCGGGUACGAGAACGGCAGCGUAGUGUCAGGUGCUGCGGCUGGCGGAUACCACGCAACCGAACCGCCCAUGGUGAUGGUAAAUGCGCGUGCCGGCGGUUCCGGUUCCUCGUCCGAUCUGGAUGACAUUAAGACGGAGUUUGCUGAAAUCACAUUCACCACCGAAUCGGCCAUUCUCAGCACGGUGUUUAACGUGAAAGUUGUACAGAUCACGAACAAGGACGUCGAUCUUGUGUGGGAUAAACCGAUCCACAGCGAUUCACCGAUUGAGUAUUACGAGGUUCGGUGGUUCCCCAAGUCGGAAGUGGACGCGAUGAAUAAGUCGGUGCUGAGCACCAAGGAAUCGAAGAUCCACAUUGGCGAUCUGCUCGAAAACACCGAGUAUGGGUUUCAGGUGCGCUGCAAAACACUCAACGGUUGGGGUACCUUUAGCAACAUUGUGUAUGCACAAACGCAUCAAAGUGUCAGUCCGGUGUAUGAUGAUUCGUUCCAGAUGCGUAUCGUGGCGGGCACGACAGUGACCGUGGUGUUCAUCUUGGUGCUGGUGAUCGUUAUUACGGUGGUAUUUCUUCGCUCGAAGAAUCACGAUGAGAUUGACAAGAAAACCAACAAUCAUCUACCAUUACCGUUGGAUUACGCGAGCAACGAAGUUCACGCAAUGGACACGACCCCGAUAGUCAAAACGAUGAAAAGCAAUGGUGGUUCAUACGGAUAUUACCGUCAACGUCGUAAUAAUUUUGCAGUGACCACACCGUUGUUCGGUACCAGCCGGAGCUAUGUCGAUCCGCAUACGUAUGAGGAUCCAAACCAGGCGAUACGCGAGUUUGCCCGGGAGAUUGACGCGAGCUACAUCACCAUCGAGGCUAUCAUCGGUGGCGGUGAGUUUGGUGAUGUGUGUCGUGGCCGACUAAAGGUUCCGCCGAAUUUUGUGCAGGAGAUAGAUGUGGCAAUCAAAACGCUCAAGCCGGGCUCGUCGGAAAAGGCACGCUGUGACUUCCUAACCGAGGCCUCGAUAAUGGGACAGUUCGAGCAUCCGAACGUGAUCUUCCUGCAGGGUGUGGUAACACGCUCGAACCCGGUGAUGAUCAUUACCGAGUACAUGGAGAACGGCAGUCUCGAUACGUUCCUGCGCGCGAACGAUGGUAAAUUCCAGACGAUCCAGCUGAUCGGCAUGCUGCGCGGUAUUGCCGCCGGUAUGACCUAUCUGAGCGACAUGAACUACGUCCAUCGGGAUCUGGCCGCACGGAACGUGCUGGUCAAUUCAUUGCUGGUGUGCAAAAUCGCAGACUUUGGAUUGUCACGUGAGAUCGAAAAUGCAAGCGACGCGUACACGACACGGGGUGGGAAAAUACCAGUCCGCUGGACGGCACCGGAAGCGAUAGCGUUCCGCAAGUUUACCUCCGCGUCAGAUGUGUGGUCGUACGGUGUGGUACUGUGGGAGGUAAUGUCGUUCGGCGAACGGCCGUACUGGAACUGGUCGAACCAGGAUGUGAUAAAGAGCAUCGAGAAGGGUUACCGGUUGCCAGCGCCCAUGGAUUGCCCGGAGGCGCUAUACCAGCUAAUGCUGGACUGCUGGCAGAAGCAGCGUACGCAUCGCCCCACCUUUGCCAGCAUCACGCAAACGCUCGACAAUCUGGCACGGCAACCGCAAGUGCUGCUAACGACGCGCAACUCACCGGAUAAUCCGGUCGCCCGCAUGGGGACGGCUGGUGUACCGGAUGACCUCACGCAAGAGAUGCUUGCGGCCAGCGCUGGUGGUGGUGUGGUGGUGGGCGUGCUGGGCGGUAGUUCGCAACAGCAACAACAACAGCAGCAACAGCAGCAGCAGCAACAGCAACAACGGGCUGCCACACUGAUGAUGGGAGGCGGUAGUGGUACGACUGAGCGCGUGCUUAAUAAUGGUAGCAGUACCACAAACGUACCCGGUUCGAUGGGUACGCUCGGUUCGACCGUUGGUGGGCUGAGCAAUACCGGCACAAUGUCCGGUACGGGUAAUCCCGGUAUCUUUAUCAGCACUGAUCUGUGGCUAGAGGGCAUCAAAAUGUCGCGCUAUUCGCAGCAUUUUAAGGAGGCCGGUCUCGUCACGGCACAACAGCUUUCCCGGCUCACAGCUCAACAGCUAUCCGAUAUGGGCAUUACGUUGGUAGGCCACCAGAAGAAAAUACUCCACCAGGCUCGACAGAUUGAUACCAUCAUCUAAGUCGCGUCCGUGUGUGAUUUUUUUUCUCACUCCUCAAGAUCAUUCCGUACAUACACACCUACACAAAGAGACUAGCACCAAGAAAUGCGAUCGGUUCAAUGCAUUUUACCAAAUGCUGGUCGCGGGGUUCAAAUAGCAACACAAAUAACUGUCUGGAAUAGAGGACGCUAGAUAGUUAGGCUAGGUGUUUCCACAGCCGGUUCAUAACCAACUUCCAAUGAAAACGGUAUUUUAAACAGUGUAUAUCGUCAGAAGGCGAGGAUAGACGUUACGAGCAAAUGUCGUAUGAUUUCAAAUGCUCCUUACAGUAUGAUUUUAGAAUUCCAUCAAUUCCUCUCGAACGCAUUUACAUCACAGACUGCUCUACUUUUUGAUAGAACCUUUUUAAAUUGAUAUCGAACAUGUGUAGUUCAAGAUUUGUUUAGAAUGCUUAUCAUCAUCCUAUAAGCCACCGCAGAUGAUAUCACUACAGUUUAAGAUUGUUUUGGUUUAGUCUACUGGUUCGAAAUUAGCUCCACCUGUGUUACUAUCCAUGCGAAUGCUAAGCAAUUAACACAAAAUACUCAUAUCCAUCUCAGUGUACUCAACGAAACAAACGAAACCACAAAAUGCUCGCUCCAAUUGCUAGGCAAAACUCGAGACACAUCCGUAUACUUAAUCAGGGGAAACAAAGCAGAAAAAACAUUCGUUCCCUUCACUCAUCGAGUAUUUGUGGGAUGGCACUAUACUCCGCCGCGGUAGUCUCCCCGUCUUCUCUGCUAGCAUCGCAUUUAUUUACCUAUCCUGUACCAGCAGGGUGUUUCAUUUAGUUUCGCAAAAUAAUGAGCAAAUUGGCGUAUAAUAUAAAUCUUGAUCGUGUUUGUAGAUAUAGCGCGCAGUAGAAUAAUCUCGCGAUACAUUUAAGUUAUGUUCUCUGUGUUUUUAUUAAGCAGAGAAGAAAAUGUUUUACCUUAGUUUUGUAUGCGCUCUCAGUGAACUUGUGUUACUUAUUCGUUGGCAUUUUUUUUAAAUACAUAUGUACAUUUUAGGUGGUAUCGAGAUGUCCUUUUGAAGAAACUCCGGACAGAGACUGACACACGGACUGAGGGUGGAAUAGAAUGACGUGAACAAGUAAAUUUUAUAGCCAGGGCAAAAGGUAGCACUGUUAGUGGCAACAGUUAUAGAUUGAUAACAAAACAAAAACCGAAAAAAGAAAGGAACUCGAACGUAAAUGACAGGGUAAAAGGAUGAUAUCAAACGCAUGCACACAGUCAGAGUGCAAAAACGAAUGGUCAGAGAACGGCGAUAGGUGGUAGCAUCAACAAUGUGAUUUUUAUACAUCAUAGUAAUUAGAUAGUUGGCUUUUUAUUUCGAAGUAGUUUUUUUUCUUUCGCGUUUAUUUUAAAUGUUAAUUUUGUAAUCCCCCUCACCGAUUGCUGCUCCGGUUGUAAACCACACGCGGAUCAUUCCGAUCAACACGAUUCGUCCUACUCAUUUGAAAAGGGUUUUUUAAAUCUCUUGCUCUCUCUUGUAACAUGGUAACGUUCGGGUACGCGUUGAGUAUCGGCUAGCUGGAUUGCCGUUUGGUGGGUUUUCUUUGCAAUCAUUGUUUUGCUAAUUGUUCGUCAUCCAACUGUAGAUGAGAUGGAAAGAGCAUCUACCCUACCAAGACACAAAACCAACAUAAAUACCGAAUGGAUCAUUUACUUUUUUCUUCCACCCACACAAAGGAAUGGAAUAGACAGUCGUUGUGUAUAGAGCAUUUAAUUUAAAUUGUCUUAGUUUUUAUUUUUUGAAAUUCAUUUUAUAUAUAAUGCUGAGAAGUGGAUACAAUAACCGUACGCAUCUCAAUGCGCAUUUACAACUACCAGAACCGAUUAGUGAGACUAAAUCCAGGUGGCAGGAAACUAACUACGCAAAAGAGCGUUUUCUUUCUGUUGGGCGUUUUUGGGUUUAACAUGUAGCGUAAUGUUCACGAUUUUGUUAAAUCUCUGCCUCUGUAUCACAGGAAAGGGAUUGUGCGUCGAGGAUGAACAUUUGUGUUUGCUUCCUUGUAUGUAUUCAAUAGUUUUCCAACUCGUAGACACACACCGCAUCGGAUAUCUGUGGAUUGAAUGUUUUUUUAUUCAAGUGUUAUGUCUGUUUAUGUUAUGUCGUGUUUAUGUUUUCAUUUCAGAAAUGCUCGAAUUGUACUUGCAUGCCACUCUCUCGCUGUGGCUCAUGGUAGAGGGAGGGCUUGUGGUCCGCCAUACAUACAUUUUAUAGCACGCUAUGCAAACUUACAAUCAAUCUUUCUUGGCUAAACAAAACAAAGAAAUAAAAAAAGAUAGCUAUUUUGGUAGCUUACAGGUCUUGUGUUUAUCAUCCGUCAAAAGGGUUGCGGGUGUCUACACCGGUGUUUGUAUGAAGAUUUGAUUGAAAGACAAAUGUGUCAGGAUCAGGUAUAUGCAUAUAUACCCGGGCUGUAAAUAUACAUCCGUAGUAGGAGUAGACGAAAUUCACACAAAAUUAAGAUGAGACGAACUGCAAUAGUGUAAAAUAACAAUCAUAAUAGUGGUUUCGUUAAUGACAUCAGAUAAGAUUGAAUAGUAACAUAAAAAAGAUAAAAAUGACAUGCCAGAUUUAGAUUAUGUACAUUUCGUGGAACAAAUAGUAACAGCGCAAGCAAAAACAUAAGAAAAAUUGGAAACAAAAUGUUUGCACGAAACAAGUGAAAACACUCACACACAUACACACCAUGUAGGGACCGUUGACACUAUAGCCUGUAAAUAUCGUUAGUAAAGGAUAGUGGUUGCAAACGCUGUGUUUGAUUUAGUGUCUAACCAUGACAACAAAAUCAGGUGCAACAUCAUGUGGAACAGUUGUCGCGAAACGUGAAAAUAGCAAACAAAAACAGAAAUCGUACAAAAAAGAUGGCCAUGGAAAAGGUGUGCAUGUGUAUGUGUGUGUGUGUGUGUGUGUUUAUAGAAAAGAAGCAGCAUAAAAACGUAUCUUCAAUUCCACUGUAUUACGCGUUGGUAUGUGAAAGAUAUGGCAAGCAAACAAAAAAAGAGAAGAAGGUACACCGAAAGCUAUUAAUGCAAAAGCUGCAAAUGCUAAAAAACAGUGGAUGCAAUUAAAGAACAAUAAUGUUUUCGUCCAUAGUCAAGUUUUCAUAUCGUAAAUAGAAUUUAAAUCACAAAGUGUGAACGAAAAUCCCGAUCCGCGUGAAAAGAGAAAGAGAGGACACAUUGUGAGACGGAACUUGGUCUAAUGUUUGAGUGUAGUAGUGAGAGGCAAAUGAAUAUAGUGUGUACAAAACAAGCGUCAGCAUUUACAUAAAAUUAUUUGAUUCUAUUUCUUUGAUAAUAGUCUACCAACGGUUAGUUACAUUGAUAAUCUAAUAAACUCCCGUUUUCGGAUGUUUGCUUUGCAUGUACAUGUAAUAAUCGAGGAUGUCUCCAAUGCCAUCUCUCUGUCCUGAGAAAAAGACGUCGACGAAACAAAACGGCAUCGCAAAUAAGGAACAGAACAACGAGCAAGGAAUGGAGUAUAAUAUGUACAACGGUAAAAGGAAAGCUAAUACAUAUAUUUAUUAUCGUACACGAAAAACAAAAACAGAAGUCUGAUAGGAAAAGAUGCUCUCUAUUUUGUUCAUCAAUCGUCACGAUAUUAAGUUUAAUGUAGAGCUUGUGCGUGUAGUUUUUUUUAAAUUAAAUUUAAUUUGCUUUGGUUGUUAAUCCGGCGGAAUGUGUCUAGCUUAGGUUAGGAUUUUGAAACCUUUCCCUCCAAAGCAAAGUAUCUGGUUUUGCAAAGCUAGCAAUGUUUAGUGCAUCUCUUGAAUUAGAUGAAUUGUGGCGUUGAAGGGUCGUUUAUUUACGAACAAGAACCGCAAGGGUAAUACUGAUUGCCGAAUCACGCGACAAAAAUACUCACAGGGCCCCGAUGGAAGAGCAAACCGGUAGGGGCGAACGCAAAUGAAACAAAAAUACGCCAAUAUAUGAUAAGACUGUAAUUUAUAGCAAUACCGAAAUGUAAAUGGGCUAACGUUGAGAUUUAAAGAGAAGGAUAAAACACAAACAAAAAAAUAAGGUCAAAAUACAUGUAAGCCUACUUUUGAUUUGAACUGUAACACUCUCCAACUAGCUAGCAAGGGUUCGCGCGCGAACGAUUAGAGAAAGGAAGAAAAAACGCAAAACCUUUAUACAUUAUUAAAACGUGCAAAGAACGCGUUGCAUUGAACGAGUGCAAAGAACGUAGCUGCAAAAACAAAUUUGAUAAAUAGUAUUUUUGCCGUUCUGCGAUUAGCAACUAUUUUAGAGUGCGAUUUAUCUCUUAUUGUUUCCUUUAUUUGUUCGGUUUUUAUUUCUUCAACUUCUUCAUUUAAUCGCGAAGCAGUCAAAAUACUUAAUUUUGAAGCGAGCUUUGAAGACGUUUGCGUUUGUGACUGAUGACCGCGUUUUAGUUUUUAGCCUUCCAGGCAGCCAAGAGCUUAUUAUUCUCAAUUUUAUUGCGCUAUCUCAUAACGGCAGUCGCAACUGCACGGAAGAAGAAGUUAUUCAUAAGCACAGGUGCAACAGAAGGGUAGGGGAUGUUUUUAAAAUAGAAAAUAAAAUGAAGCAUAUAAUAAUGACAGCUAGCAACAACAAAAAAAAACAAAGCAAACAAUACAAAAAUAGAAGAAAACAUAAUGAAAAGAUCAGAAGACGCGAUGCGCAUCAUAUGUCAAUGAACUCUUCUUUUGGAAAAAAACAAAUGAUGUAUGAAAAAUUCUCUUAGACAUCGAAAGAUAUUGUGGCCGAGAAAAGGACCGGAGGCACCAGAGAAAGAGGUUACAUACUUAUAGAAGCAAAUGAAACAAAACAAGAACAAAAGCACAGAGAAGAAGGAGCGUAAAGAGUAAUUCUAUAUUAAAUUAAUAGGCAAUUAAAAGCAUUGACGAGCAUUAACGUACAUGAAGUUAAUGAAUAAUUUAACAUUAUUUCUUCGACCGUAAGCAAAAGCGCUAUUGGAGAAGGAUGACAAAAAAAAUAGGCAAACCAGAAAAAAAAUUCUGCAUAAAAUGUUUGAAAGUAUAAAGAUAAAUAAGGAAAAGAAGAAGAAAACAGAAAGUCUCUCCCUCCGAGUAGUAAAAGAAGUGGAAAACAAAAACACUUACUAAAAGUUUUGUUACAUUUCCUCUUCUCGCUGACCUUCCCUGUUCUGCUCGGGCCAUCUCUAUAUCGCCGUUUAAAGGUGGGCGACAAUUCCAAUUCCACGAAAUGAUAUAUAUCGAAUCGUAUUAGUGGAAAAAAGAAAAAGAUGAUAGACACGAAAGGGUCUAUCAAACCAUCUUCUAUUUACAGUAACUUAUUUGGCUUUUUCACACAACGUUAGAACAAUGCUGCAAAACAUGCAAACAUAAUAAGUACAACAUAAAUUGAUCGUACAUCCACAGUUUUGCAGUAGUUAACACAGAUAUAAAAAGAACGGCAAAAAAGUGAAAGGGCAAUUGGUGAGAGGGAGGCGAAAAAAAAACUAUAACUAACAAACACAAUCAUCGUUUUAAAGUCAAGUAGCAAAAGAAGCUGGAGCAGCAAAGGAAAGAGAUUAUUAAUGGUAAACAAAGUAACAGCAAAAACGCAAUUCUGAGGUGUAUGGAAGCGGGGCUUAAAAAAGAAAAGGAUGAGAUUGGGGGAAAUUAAAAAAAGAUACACAUUUUAGCACGCCUAGGGUUUAAGAGUUGAAGCAAUCGAGGGGGGGAGGGGGAGACAGCAAAACAGAAAUGGGUAAAAGAAUAAAUUGUUCUUGGUGGUAAAUCGUAAGUGAGCUCUGAGCGCAAACCAACCGACGAUAGUAAAUGUUAAUGCCCAUUAAGCAAACAAAGGAUGCAUGCUCGUGUGAGUAUAUGUGUGUGUGUGUGUGAAUCAUAAUUCAAAACUGCAGUUAACGGGACAGUAUUUUGAUAUGCAGCAGACGCAUAUGCAACAAUAGAAUACAAUACUGAUAAACAUUCACUCACACACUCAGCCAGAAAAACAGGGAAAAAAUAACACUAAACCGAACAGGAAAAGAAAAACCGGAUGUAACACCGUUUAAAUAAUGUGUGUUUUAAAUAUUUAUCUAUUUUUCAGAACUUUUUGGAUGAUUCUUUCAGUUGUUUGGUUACAAUAGCAUUAACAGUAGGUCACAAAAAACCUUAUUUUUGUACAGUGUUUUUCAACGUGAUGCAAAUGUUUUGUUUUAGCAACCGCUGCUAUAUUGUGUUUUAACUAAUCGAAAAUAUUCAUUUUAUGUGUCAAAACAAAACAAAAGUAGCAUAAUUCUGAGUGUCUGUCGGUACACUGUCUGGCAAAACAGCACUACAUGAAGAAAAUCAAGAGAAGAAAAAAAUACACACACACAAAACCGCAGCAAACGCAAAUAGGAAAACAGGCAAUAUGGAAGUAACAUUUGAAAAACAGAAAUGCCACAGGAUCGAAUGUUGGGUGAAGGGUGAGUUACGUUUAUCUGUAAAUAUAUGUAUAAACAAACUAAUGAAAUAGAAUCGACACGGAAAUGUGAAGAAAGGUAUAGUAAACGGCUUAAGAAUGUGUAAAAAAGCGAGCUGGAAGAAAUAUGUGGCUGAAGGAAGAUGGAAGACGAGAGACGGAAAGCUACAGGCGUCCUUUCUGCCACCCCCAGCAAGCAAGCAAUUAUAGUGGGAUUAGGGGGGCGGAUUGGACGGUUGUAUGAAAAUGCAUGCAUGAACAUAAACAUGCAGUGCGUGAAAAAACAAAGUAAAAGAAAAUCACAGAAAGGUAAACACUCGUUUGACACAAUUACGGAUGGAAGUAAAAGCAAAAAAGGGGUUAAGACAAAAAAUAGUAUUUAUAUAAAUAAAACCAUGAAGCAAAAAAAAACAAAAACACAUUAUAAUGAAAACAA